UAGCCUCUCGCUGGUUGGCUGUCGGGGAGGCGGCGGCGGGAGCGGAGGGAGUGCGCGGUCCGGGAACCCCGUAUUCCCCGGGCCCCCCUCCGCCCCACGCAGCCGGGCCAUGGACACCAGCAGGUGGUGGACACUACUGGUACUGGCUGUGCUCCCCUCGCUGGGGGCAGGCGGGGAGUCUCCCGAAGCCCGAUCCGAAUCAUGGACCCAGCUGUGGUUCUUGCGCUUCUUGGUGAACGCUGCUGGCUAUGCCAGCUUUAUGGUACCUGGCUACCUCCUGGUGCAGUACUUCAAACGGAAGAACUACCUGGAAACAGGCAGGGGUCUCUGCUUCCCUCUGGUGAAAGCCUGUGUGUUUGGCAGUGAGCCCAAGGCCUCUGAUGAGGUUCCGCUGGCUCCUCGGACAGAGACAGCAGAGACCACCCCCUCUUGGCAGGCCUUGAAGCUGGUCUUCUGUGCCUCGGGGCUCCAGGUGUCCUACCUGACAUGGGGUAUACUUCAGGAGAGAGUGAUGACGCGCAGCUAUGGGGCCACAGGCACGUCACCAGGCGAGCGCUUCACGGACUCGCAGUUCCUGGUGCUAAUGAACCGCGUGCUGGCGCUGAUCGUAGCUGGCCUCUACUGCGUCCUCUGCAAGCAGCCCCGCCAUGGGGCGCCCAUGUACCGGUACUCCUUUGCCAGCCUGUCCAAUGUGCUCAGCAGCUGGUGCCAAUAUGAAGCACUCAAGUUUGUCAGCUUCCCCACCCAAGUGCUGGCCAAGGCUUCCAAGGUGAUCCCUGUCAUGCUGAUGGGAAAGCUGGUGUCCCGGCGCAGCUACGAACACUGGGAAUACCUGACGGCUGGCCUCAUCUCUGUCGGGGUCAGCAUGUUUCUCCUGUCCAGCGGGCCUGAACCCCGAAGCUCCCCAGCCACCACGCUCUCAGGCCUCAUCCUGCUAGCAGGCUACAUUGCUUUUGACAGCUUCACCUCGAACUGGCAGGACGCCCUGUUUUCCUACAAGAUGUCAUCAGUGCAGAUGAUGUUUGGGGUUAAUCUUUUCUCCUGCCUCUUCACCGUAGGCUCACUGCUGGAGCAGGGGGCCCUCCUGGAGGGUACUCGGUUCAUGGGGCGGCACAGCGAGUUUGCUGCCCACGCCCUGCUACUGUCCAUCUGCUCUGCAUGUGGGCAGCUCUUCAUCUUCUACACCAUUGGGCAGUUUGGUGCUGCAGUUUUCACCAUCAUCAUGACCCUACGUCAGGCCAUUGCCAUCCUUCUGUCCUGCCUCCUCUACGGCCACACUGUCACUGUGGUGGGGGGCUUGGGGGUGGCUGUGGUCUUUGCUGCUCUCCUGCUUAGAGUCUAUGCCAGGGGCCGGCUCAAGCAGCAGCGAGGAAAGAAGGCUGCGCCUAUGGAGCCCCCCGUGCAGAAGGUGUGAAGCACCAGGACCUUCUCACCACCGGGUUCGUUUCUGAGGCCCAGAGCUCAAGGGCGAAACAUGGGAUUUCUGUGUUAGGCCCCGUCAGUGGGGUGCAGGGAGUCCCAGAGACAGCCUUCCCUUUUGCCUUAAGACUCCCGCCUUCUACUAGCUUUCUGGGGAAGGCGACACUGGGAGGCAAGAGGUACUCUACAGGGCUCUGACCCCAAGCCUGUCCCUUACCCUCCCCUCAGACCCCCAGACACUCCUGGGCACAGCAGCAGGCUUUAUUACGGGUUCCAUGCUGCUUACCUGAUGGUGCCAUGCAAGGGGAGGGUGGUGCCCAGCACACCACCGCUGCUAAGCUCCUAGGGCCCUAGGCUCUGUUCCAGGAGCCACUUGCAGGUUUUGGUACUUUGGAAAUGUCACUUUUGCUUUUAUUAAAUUGCUGCAGUGGA